ACCCGCUGUCUGCUGUCAUUAGACGCAGGACGCAGGAAGAAGGCCAUCUGCGACACAUACACAUUCAUUUUGACUUCCCUUUUAGAAAAUAGCACGUGUCGGCGCUGUCAACUUGCUUAUCAUCGCAUUAAAAUUGAAUAGCCCAGAUAUAACAGCAUUAUGCCUUCUGAUGCAAAGAAACGUGCACAACAAAAGAAAAAAGAGCAGGCUAGUAACCGGAACAAAAAGCCCGUGGCAAGAGUAACGGCUGAGGAGAAUGGAUCCACGACAAAUGGCUCUGUCGAUCGUGAAUUGACAGCUGAAGAGGCAUUAUGCUUGAAGUUGGAAGCGGAGGCUAAAAUGAACUCUGAGGCUCGUUCAUGUACUGGAAGUCUCGCAGUGCACCCGCGAUCCAGAGACAUCAAGAUUGCUAAUUUCUCAAUCACAUUCUAUGGGCAUGAACUUCUGCAGGAUACAUUGCUGGAAUUGAAUUGUGGACGAAGAUAUGGUCUCGUUGGGCUUAAUGGCUGUGGCAAAUCAUCUCUACUAUCAGUGCUUGGACGUCGGGAAGUCCCGAUACCAGAUCAUAUUGACAUUUUCCAUCUAACUCGAGAAAUGCCAGCUUCGGAUAAAACUGCUCUGGAAUGUGUUAUGGAAGUGGAUGAGGAAAGAAUAAAACUUGAGAAGUUAGCUGAGGAAUUGGCUCAUUGUGAAGAUGAUGAAUCGCAAGAGCAGUUGAUGGAUAUCUAUGACAGAUUGGAAGACCUAAGUGCUGACACUGCAGAGGCUCGUGCCGCUAACAUUCUACAUGGUCUCGGUUUCACUAAAGAGAUGCAACAAAAAGCAACUAAAGACUUCUCUGGAGGUUGGCGUAUGCGCAUUGCGUUGGCCCGUGCACUAUAUGUGAAACCGCAUUUACUUCUGUUGGACGAGCCAACCAACCAUCUCGACUUGGAUGCCUGCGUGUGGCUUGAAGAAGAACUUAAAUCAUACAAGCGUAUUCUGGUGCUAAUUUCUCACUCCCAGGACUUUUUGAAUGGUGUUUGUACCAAUAUCGUUCACAUGAAUAAGCGCCGUCUCAAAUACUAUACUGGUAACUACGAAGCAUUUGUACGGACCCGUUUGGAGUUAUUAGAGAACCAAAUGAAGCAGUACAACUGGGAGCAAGAUCAAAUUGCCCAUAUGAAGAAUUAUAUUAGCCGAUUCGGUCAUGGAUCAGCCAAGCUUGCUCGUCAGGCUCAAUCCAAAGAGAAGACUCUGGCGAAGAUGGUAGCCCAGGGUCUAACGGAGAAGGUGGUUGACGAUAAAAUCCUUAACUUUUAUUUCCCCUCAUGCGGGAAAGUACCACCACCAGUUAUUAUGGUGCAGAAUGUCUCAUUCAGAUAUACUGAUAGCGGGCCAUGGAUCUACAAGAACUUAGAGUUUGGAAUUGAUCUAGAUACCAGGAUUGCUCUUGUUGGCCCCAACGGUGCUGGGAAAUCCACUCUGCUUAAACUACUCUAUGGAGAUUUGGUGCCAAGUACAGGUAUGAUACGUAAGAAUUCCCAUUUACGUAUCGGACGUUAUCAUCAACAUUUACAUGAACUGUUGGACCUUGACUUGUCCCCAUUGGACUAUAUGAUGAAGCAGUUCCCCGAAGUAAGGGAACGUGAGGAAAUGAGGAAGAUCAUUGGAAGAUAUGGACUCACUGGACGUCAACAGAUAUGUCCGUUACGUCAAUUAUCUGACGGACAACGUUGUCGUGUCGUGUUCGCGUGGCUCGCGUGGCAAACACCACAUCUACUGCUCCUAGACGAGCCGACCAAUCAUCUUGAUAUGGAGACUAUUGAUGCCCUUGCUGAGGCUAUUAAUGACUUUGACGGUGGCAUGGUACUCGUCAGUCACGACUUCAGGCUCAUAAAUCAGGUCGCUGAAGAGAUUUGGAUUUGUGAGAAUUCGACAGUAACCAAAUGGAAUGGUGGCAUUCUCAAGUACAAGGAUCAUCUGAAAUCGAGGAUCAUGAAGGAAAACGCCGAUAACGCCGCUAAAAUACGCAAAUAAUUAGUUAAUGACUUAGAGUCAGUUUUGAAAUUUAAUUUGCACGUAUCGCUUAUAAGCACAAUUACCAAUAAGGGCUUACUAUCAUACAUCGCGAUUGACAAGCACAUUUUUAUUUAUACACAUUGACGGAUCAAAGCAGAGCGGAUAAUAUUCAUAGGAAAUAACGUAAUAAUAGAAAAUAGUAACAGCGAUUUAGUAAUUUUUCAUAGCAGUUUCGCUUUGCUUUCGAAGACUUUAGCUAUGUACACUAAAAUAUAUAUUACCUCAUCAUUUUUUAACUAUUUUAGUCCAUCUACAUUAGGUGGUUGAAAAAUUCAUUUUCUUUAUUUUAUUAAUAUGUUAAUUGUGCUUACAAGUGUAAUCCCUAGUUAGUUACAGCCUAGAUUUUAUUUAGUAUUUUACAAUCAUGACCGUAACCAAAUUAAAUGUUUAUUAUUGUUUUUAACUUUUUUUUAACUGCUUUUACAUGCAUGCAUUAUUGACAUGAAUAAUGUGCAAUACACAGAUAUUUAUAGCAAUAAAUAGUUUUAGUACAAUUUCACUAAUAGGUUAUUCUCGAAAUGAAAUCUUCAUUGAUUAUCGUUAUGUAAAAUUAAUGAAUUUGAAUCAAAAUGAAAUAAAACGUUUUAUGUACGUUUAUGUAUAAACGAAUUAUGUAGCUAAAUUUUGUAUUUCAAUACGUUUUAUUACAAUUGACAUGCUCCGAUUUACUGUUUAACUAUUGCAUUGUUUGAUAUUAUUACUUAAGUAGUCAAUUUUACAACAACCUGUUAACCAAUCAAGCAAAAUUUAACAAUUCAAUAAAAAUAAUUAAGAUAUUAAAUAAAGUAGCAUCUUUAUCACAA